AUGGCAGACACCCCAUCCUCAGCCGAUGCCUCAGCAGUGGAGCCAGACAUGCGCAUCCCAGUCACGGUCAUCACAGGCUGGCUUGGCAGUGGUAAGACAACCCUCCUGAACCACCUGCUGAAGGCCGACCAUGGCCACCGUCUUGCUGUCAUAGAGAACGAGUUCGGUGAGGUGGAUGUGGACAGCGAGCUGGUGAGCAUCCGCGAAGACCUGGAGCCGGGCCAGGAGCAGAUCAUGAUGCUGAACAACGGCUGCCUGUGCUGCACCGUGCGGGAUGACCUGGUGGACAUGCUGAACAGGCUGAUCGAGCGUCGGGACCAGUUUGACCGCAUCGUCAUCGAGACCACGGGGCUGGCCAACCCCGCCCCCAUCAUCCAGACAUUUUUCAUCGAGGAGUCUGUCGCUAUCAACAUGAAGCUGGAUGGCCUGGUUACCCUCGUCGACGCCAAGCACGUCGAGCAGCACCUUAAUGAGAAGAAGCAGGGUGGGGCUGUGAAUGAAGCCCUUGAGCAGGUUGCGUACGCUGACAGGAUCGUGCUCAACAAGACCGAUCUGGUGUCGCCCGAGGACAUCGAGCGUGUGACUGAGCGGCUGAAGGGCAUCAACGGCAUGGCCACUAUCCUGAAGGCGACCCGCGCCCAAGUGCCGACGGACUACGUCCUGGGCGUCGGCGGGUUUGACCUCGAGCGCAUCGACGCAGAUAUCAACUUCUGGCUGGGGGCACUGGUGGAGAUGCGGAGCGAGGACCUGUAUCGAAUGAAGGGUGUUUUGGCCAUCCAGGGCUUUGAUCGGCGAUUUGUUUGCCAGGGCGUGCACAUGCUGUUUGAGGGCAUGCCAGAUCGUCCAUGGAAGGAGGGCGAGAAGCGCACCAGCAAGAUGGUCUUCAUCGGCAAGGACCUGGAUGGCGCCCUCCUGAAGGAAGGCUUUGAGGCCUGCCGCGUGAAGCCUGACGACGCGCCCGCAUCUUAG